GUCAAUGCUACAGAGUGUCACCCACGGCUCCCACUUCCAUUCAAUUCAUAGCCCCAAGGACGGGGUGUUCGUCUCUUGAGCGAGUAUCUACUGCCAGACGACACGAGAAGUGUAGUCUGCUCUCUUUUCAGCCAGAACCCACUCGAGAACACUGUCUGCAGAAGCCAGUCCCCGAGAGAAGCCUAAAAACACAAAAGUCUACCGAGAACCCAAAAAUCACCCCAACAGCCUAUUGUCAAUCAACCGCAACCAUGCUGGACACGCUACCCACCGAGAUAAUCACCCACGUUUUCCUAUCAGCUCCGGACAUUGCAUCAGCCCUUGCACUUUCCGCGACCUGUCGUCGAUGCUACAGCGCAUACCAUUCCUCGAGAAAGCUGGUCAUUCUGCAGGAGGCCGCCGAUGCUGAAUUCGGACCCAUCGACGACAUCAUUCAGCUACUCACCUGGAAUGCCUCCCAACCUGCACACAUACGCCGCAGCGUACCCAUGUCAGAAGCUCUGCUUCGCCAGGUCGUCAAAGUAGGAAGAGUCGCUCAGCGAUACGAGGAGAUCUAUCCGUUCAAGAAGUGGAAGACGGAAUGGGCAUAUCGACGAAGCCUGACGAAUGACGAGCGAUUCAUCCUGAGACGCGCAAUAUACCGUCUCUGGCUCUUCGACAAGGCUUUCCACAACACAUCGCAUGUCCGCACUUGUCGCGGCAUACCAGAUAUUGUGCGCGAGCGUGCGGCAUUGUUGCAUAAUUGGAACACCUCCGAGCUGGCGCAGAUUCUGGACAUCCAUCAAGUCCUUCGCGACAUUGUUGCGAACAAUGUCUGCCCAUCGAAUGGCAAGGUACGACAGAAGUUUCAGAAGCGAUAUUCCGAGAGCAAAGGUCCUUUGCUUUUCAACAUCCACCUCAACUACCCUCCGGCAUGCGCGCCAGACAGCUAUUAUCACAACUCGCCAUCUGCGCCGUCUAGGUAUCAAUCCCGCCUCGCGCCAUCUCGCUGGCACGAACCUGGAGCAGAAGGAUGGGGAGAUGACAUCAACCAUUACUACGUUGUUGAAGAUAUGAUGAAGCUGGAUCCCGAGCAGCUCUUGUACCUGCGUGACAACUGUCCACUCAAAUCUCAGGUCGAGAUGCACGUACGCGGACUGGGGGAUUGGUUCGUGAAUAACGGCGAGACGUUCUCAGAAACGCUGGGCUUUGUAAUCAGGCAAAGAGGUGGAGACGUGGAAGAGCUCAAAGCAGCAGUGGAAGAUUGCGACGUCGGUAUAGCAGUAGUGAUGGACAACUAAUCCACAUGGAUCAUAUAAGGAUUAUGAAAAGCCACAUCUCCAGCCUC